AUGAUCCAAGAUCGUGAAUUUAUUUUCCCAGUGGAUAAUGAGCGUUUAUGUGCUGUUGUUCACUGGAUAUAUCUGCUAGGCCGGGCAGCACAGUCUCAAUCAUCUCCGUCCUCUUCUAUGCAAUCUACAGUGGACAAACUUGUCCAAAUAGACCCGCCUCUGGUAAAUCCAAUUCAAGUGUUCGAACCUUACGUCGGCAAAGCCUUCUCGGGGACAACAUCUGAAGAGCUUGCAAAACUUCUUGCUAAGCCUCUUCAAAAAAGCGACAUCAAAUUUCAGGGCAUGAUCUACAUUUUCUGGCAACCUCCAAACUUUGGCCACCUGAAGAUCGGACGAUCUGCAAAUGUGCCCCGCCGUCUAGAACAAUGGAACAAACAGUGCAAAAAGUCCAUGCAGCAUUUCUUUCCGGAGAAAAUAGGAGACGCAAGUAUACCUGAUUUACGGCAAAUUCCACAUAUAUCGCGCGUCGAAGCUCUGGUGCAUCUGGAAUUGAUGCAAUACAGAAGAAAGGAGAAGAAGUGCCCCGGUUGUUUAAAAUCGCACGUAGAAUGGUUUGAAACCACCAAGGAUAUUGCGAUAGGAGUUGUCCGCAAGUGGUCGGAUUGGAUGGCCGCACUGCCAUAUGAGAAACAGAUGAAAGAUGGCGAAGAACAUUGGGUUCUGAAAAGUGAGCAACGGAAAAAUCUAGAUAAUCUGUGUCGCCCAGGGACAAAAUUUUCAACUCCUUGCUUGCCUUUUCCCGAAGAGGAGGAAAACAUCUCAUCGCCUUCGACACUCCAUUUUAAGUGUGAGAUAGGAAAAAAGGGCGCCGGAGACUAG